CGAACAAAAAAAAAAUACAUGCACAGGUGAGCAGUUAGCUCAUAUAAACAAUUUACAAUUUAGCAUAAAGCAGUAUGUGAAAGUGUAAUGUUGGCAUACAACAGAAAAUUGACAAAAGCUAGGAUAAAUCUGUAGUAUAUAAAGUUCAAAGGAAUAGCACAGAGCUCAGGAACAUCCAUCCAUCCAUCUAUUUUCCAUACUGCUUAUCCUACACAGGGUCACGAGGAGCCUGUCCCAGGGAACGUGGGGCACAAGGAUGGGGACACCCUGGAUGACGUGCCACCCCAUUACAGGGCACAAUCACAAACAAACUCACACACUACAGACAAUUUGGAAUCAGCCUACAGCGCAUGUCUUGGGACUGGGGGAGGAAAUACCCAGAGUACCCGGAGGAAACCCCUGAUCCCCACAGUACAAAACUAGCACAAAGCCGACGUACUGGGAACUGACGUAAAGGGCACAAACAUGCCACCAUUGUCCCCUUCAUAUUCUUCUAGUGAGACGGUGAUUGCUGAUCUGCCAAUCACCAGUUUGAAUCUGGUUCUGGGCUUCACACAGUAAGGCACAAUCUGAGGAAGUAACAACCUGGAAUCUUUUCUAAAAGUAAGACCCUGAGUUGCAGGGUUCUACACAGACUCCUUCAGGAAACCAGAAACAAAACGAGUGGAAGUUGAAGUGUGUAUGAAAGUCUUGUUUUCUUGUGAUUCGCUCAGCUGAAUGGCCGAAAAGAAAACUCUUUCUCCUGUCAGAACCUGACAGAAUUCCAGAGUCCAAUUUGGUGCACAAUGGUUGCUGAAAAGGACAGACAACGCGGGACUCAUGGGUGCCUCCAAUAGCGUGCGACGGCUGACGACUCGGCUUGGUGUUAUAUGAUUCUGUGAAUAACACGACCAUUCUUUUUGUGAGUUUGUCCAGUCUGAAAUCUGAGUGAAAUCUGUGUUUGUGCUGCUUUGCAUGAUAAAAGCGACAGUGUGUGAGCGGACAGUAUCUGGCGCUCAGGGCUGCAGGUGUUUCCUCUGUGGAUGCAGGAGCUUUGGAGCAGUCUGGCCCUCUCGCAGUGAGCAAACAGCAACCGAGCAAACUGCAGAGAGAGAAAAUGGACAUGUAACCAUGUCCGGCUGGUUCCCAUACACACACCUGCACACACACACACACUGACACAUUCCACUGCACCACCUGCUGGCACCAUAACUGCGCCAUCUCGUCUAUUUUUCAAUCUCUUGUUGCUGCAGGGCUGACGAUCGUCUUGAUCUAGUGUUAAGGAUUAAAUCAUAUGGAAAUGUGCUUGAGUAGGAGGUACAUUUCAGGAACGACCCAUUUAUGUAGUUAAGGAUCAUGAAUGCCUCUUAUUGUAACUGACAGUCCGAGAUAACUUAAAGCAGAUUCAGCCUUGAUGAUGACAUACUUCUGAAACAACACAUUGUUUGUAUUUACUUUGGGCACACAGUGGAAACUGGAACUGCUGGAUUGGUUUGAAACACCAGAAAUGUCAGCUGGGGACAUUUGACUUUUAUUUGUUUAUUUAUUUAUUUAUUCAUUUAAAAAAAAAAACGGAAAAAAAAAAAACACGUCAGUGAAUGAAAAGGCGAAUUGUCUACAUGGCUUCUUUAGUAGCAUUUAUUUAUUUAUUUUAUAUUCAUAGAUGCACUCAGUUGCAGAGCUGGAAAAGUUUAAAAGUGGAACAUUUGGAGGAAAAAAAAAUAAAAGUAAACAAAAAAGACCUAAAAUUUCGUGUCUUUAGACACUGAAUUACAUUGUAAUAUUGUUAAUUAAUAACAUUUACCCAGCAUACACAGCAGUUGCUGAAUUCUCGAAUCUGAUUGGUUAGAAGGUUCUGCAAGGGUCAUAUUAAUAUACUCAUUCUAAUAUGUUAUCGUUUCUUUAGUAACAACUCAUUCACAGGGACUUGAAUGGUGGAUAAUAACAGGAUUUUAAAAAAAAAAAAACAUGUUGUCGGGCUCUCGAGUGGUACAACAGAAAGCAUGCCUGUCUCCUGUCAAUCACAGUGAAACUACCCAGUUGAGGGCAUCUGUGAGCUUGUGUACGCGAAAGAGUGCGGAUAGCACUUCCUGCGAGUGUGUUACGCUGCCCCAUGAUGCAGCAUGAGCAGCAGUUUGAGAAGAUGCUGUUGGUUAGCUUCAUGUGUCUUGGAGGAAGCAUGUGUUAGCCCUCACCUCACCUUCCCUAAUUGGUAGCUUUUGGUAGUGGGCUAGUGGGUGGGUGUUGGCCAAGACCAAAUUAGGGAGAAAAUGGAAGAAAACAACAACAACAAUAACAACAGAAAUAUUGUUGAUAUGGUGGAAUUUUAUAUAGGGAGACGAUUUAUUUACGAUUUAUGGAUAGAUUCUCCAGUGUCCGCGCUUUUAUAACAGUCACUAAGCUGCCAGUGCUGGGCCCUUGAGCAAGGCCCUUAACCCUCAUAUGCUCUGUUGUAUAAAUCAGAUAAAUGUAAGUCCCUCUGGAUAAGUGCGUCUGCCAAAUGCCAUAGACGACUACGUUUUCUGACACGGAGGACUCUGUACUUUCUGAUAUCUCUGUAUCAUGACAUAUCCUGAUUGAUAACAGGAACUAACUCGUCUUGCCGGCGUCCCACAACGUUAAAUGCAACUAUAAACGGAUAAGUAUGAUGUGUUGCUCAUUUUUAAAGAAUAAAAAAAUGUCAUCGUUGACAAAUUGCUGUUAUAUGAGAGGAGUAAAACACUUUAGGAUGUGCUGUUAAAGGAAACUCUAGUCUACUCAGCUCCUGCAUGGUAACAGUAACUCCACCACUACCACGCGGUCGUUGAUGGUUUUUCCCUAUAACAGCACGUUCACAAGGGUUUCAUGAAACGUCUAUGAGGGCUCUGCUGCUGGUUUGCAGGGUGCUGAUGUAUGAACGCGGUCUCGUUGACCUACAGUCCUCGUUUCACUGCUUCUCUCCAUAGAGCUUUCUCUUUCCAGGACCCCAGAGGUCAGAGGUCAUAGCCAGGCUAAUUUCAUUAAAGCUAGUGUUGUAAGACCAAGGUAUGUACCUGCUCCAGCUGGCUUCACAAACAUAAUCCUGAAAAGAUGCAGCAGUACAGAUUAGGCAUAGUUUUAGGCAUAGUGUUUGGCCGACUUCCCGUCUUUUGAGUAGGAGUAGCCUUGUUUGGAAAACAGCCUCGUAACGCUCGUAAGGUUGUGGUUUAAAUUUACGACAGGUCAUGUGUAGACAGUGUGCUGCUGUGUGUAAAUCAGGGUGUGGAGUAGAGGAAAGAGCUCCAUGAGCUGGGAGUUCCUGUUCCUGGUGGUUUUCUGUUGUAGGAAGGCAUGCAGGAACUGCAUGAAGAGCAUGAGGGGAGAGGUUUACAGAUGCUGUCGUGGGUUUAAGAAGCAGGAACUUGAGACCAGGGCUGAGUGAUAUCAUGCCCACUUUUCUACAUCGCAGGCAACCUGAUUGAUGUCCUGCGUGUGCUGGAGCUGUCCGAUGGCAUGGAGGGCGUGUCCUUGGAGGCGGGGCUGUGCACACAUAGAGCUGACACAGAGGAAUUGGACAUAGCGUUCAGGAUAGACAAAAAGAUCCAGCUCAGUGCUCCAACCCAGCAGCUCUUCCCAAACUCAGCUUUUCCUGAAAACUUCUCCCUGAUGACGACGGUGCGGGCAAAGAAGAACGCUCAGUUCUUCUUGCUGUCCAUAUACGAUGAACAGGGUGUGCAGCAGCUGGGCCUGGAGCUGGGCAGAUCACCAGUCUUCCUCUACGAGGACCACAGGGGACAACCGACCCCCGACCUCUACCCCACCUUCAAGAAGAUCAACCUGGCUGAUGGAAAGUGGCACCGGAUUGCCUACAGCGUAGAAGGAAAGGCAGUCACGCUGUAUUUAGACUGUAAGAAGGUGGAGACUCUGGAUCUGCACCGUGGGGACGACCCUGUGGUCCGAACGGACGGCGUUACUGUAUUCGGGACGAGACUACUGGACGAGGAAGUGUUCGAGGGAGAUAUCCAGCAACUGCUGAUUUUGGACGACCCCCAAGCUGCAGAAGAGUACUGUCAUCACUACAUCCCAGACUGUGACUCACCUCUGCCUUAUCGUACCCAGAACUAUGAACCCGAGGAGCUGGACGACGUGAUGCAAGGCGACGAACCGGAGCCGCCGAAGAAGAAGAAAAAAAAAGACAGGAAGGGCAAAAAGAACAAAAAGAAGAAGGACCGGUCGAAGAAAGGGGGAAAGAAAGAGUCCAGGAAGAAGAGGAAAGAGGCAGAAGUUCUUGACGAGGGGUUUCUCGAGGUGUCCACUCGUCCGCUCGAGUAUCUCAGACGAGAUCUAGCGCCGGCUGGAACAGAUCCUACGACGGCUGCGAGAAUUCCAAAUGAGACCACCGAGGAGAUAGACUCCAUCCCCGAGAUGCCCACACACGAGCCAGACUCACUGCCCACUACACCAUCUGAUGAUGUCACUGUAUCACUCACUGCAUUGCCCCAGUCUACUCAGACUGAGGUGGAGGACGAAAAGCCGAUAAAAACGCCCGAGGUCGAGGAAGACACCGAGGACAUUUACCACAGCCCGUACUAUGACCUCGACGUCUCCACGGUAACAGUCGGCACCAACAUCAGCGAGUAUGAGCUCUUUGAAUACGAGGACUUUAAGAACAGCAGCGAGAGCUCGGAGCAGUACGAGGAGUAUGAGACCUACGAGGAUCGCUACGGCCCGGCGGAGAGAGAGCGAGCGGGGACCUGGGACGGACAGGGAAGAUAUGGUUUGAACAAAGGCCAGAAAGGAGAACCAGCCAUUAUUGAACCGGGCGUUAUAUUUGAGGGACCUCUCGGACCACCAGGACCUUCUGGUCUUCCAGGCCUUCCAGGAGUAACAGGACCCCCAGGACCCCCCGGAGACCCGGGUGAUGUGGGCCCUGAGGGACGAACAGGCCUCGCAGGGGCUGAUGGGAUACCAGGUCCCCCAGGGACCAUGCUCAUGCUGCCGUUUCAUUAUGCCAGCGAUUCUCAGAAAGGCCCAGUGUUGUCGGCUCAGGAGGCGCAGGCUCACGCCAUCCUCCAGCAGACCAGAAUUUCACUGAAGGGACCUCCAGGCCCAUUGGGACUCACAGGCAGACCAGGACCAGUGGGUCUCACAGGCUCCAGUGGACUUAAAGGAGACAGCGGGGCUACUGGACCUACGGGGCCGCGCGGGUUGCCAGGUCCUCCGGGUUUUCACGGGAAGCCAGGCAAGCGGGGUCGCCCGGGGGCAGACGGAGGUCGAGGAGCUCCAGGAGAGACGGGAGCAAAGGGUGACAGGGGCUUUGAUGGACUACCAGGGCUUCCAGGGGACAAAGGACACAGAGGGGAUCGGGGAAAGCCAGGACAGCAUGGUCCACCCGGGGAAUCUGGUGAGAAGGGUGCAGAUGGACCUGUAGGACCAAGCGGACAACCAGGUGAACCUGGGUCAAGGGGACUUGUAGGACCCAGAGGACCACCUGGACCAAUCGGACAGCCUGGUAUCAGUGGUGUGGAUGGCAUUCAAGGCUCUAAAGGCAACCCGGGUCCGUCAGGAGAGCCUGGUCCUCCAGGACAACAAGGGAACCCAGGAGUACAGGGCUUUCCAGGUCCUCAGGGUCCUAUUGGCAUGCCUGGAGAAAAGGGACCUCAGGGGAAAAUGGGAAUGCAGGGGCUUCCUGGGAUUGACGGUCCUCCAGGACAUCCAGGCAGAGAGGGACCAGCUGGAGAGAAGGGGCUACUGGGAUUACCCGGAGCACAGGGGCCUAUCGGAUACCCGGGGCCUCGAGGAGUCAAGGGCGCUGAGGGCGUGCGAGGACUGAAAGGAAGCAAAGGAGAGAAGGGAGAAGACGGCUUCCCGGGGACCAAAGGUGACAUGGGAGCUGAAGGAGAUCGAGGUGACAUUGGGCCUUCUGGAUCCCGUGGCGAGGACGGACCAGAGGGCCUAAAGGGCCAGUUGGGACCUAUUGGAGAACCCGGACCUCCAGGAAUCGCUGGAGAAAAGGGCAAACUCGGUGUCCCGGGGCUACCUGGCUAUCCGGGAAGACAAGGCAUUAAGGGAUCCGUCGGCUUUCCAGGAGUGCCGGGUAUGCCAGGAGAGAAGGGGAAGAGGGGAUCUGCAGGUACACCAGGCGCAGCAGGUGAAAGAGGUCCAAAUGGGGCACGUGGAGGCCGAGGGGCACGAGGAGCUACAGGAGCACCGGGAGCCAAGGGCUCGUCUGGCCACGACGGCUCACCGGGUCCCACGGGAGACAAGGGUCCUCAAGGACCACAGGGACAGAACGGGUUUCCAGGACCCAAGGGACCAAAUGGCCCUCCAGGAAAGGACGGGCUGCCAGGUCAUCCAGGCCAAAGGGGGGAGCCGGGAUUCCAAGGGAAAACAGGACUACCAGGACCUGUCGGAGUGGUCGGACCACAGGGCAAAACUGGAGAGACUGGACCAACUGGGGACAGAGGUCACCCUGGGUCACCGGGACCUCCAGGAGAACAAGGUCUGCCUGGAUCGGCAGGCAAAGAAGGUGCCAAGGGUGAUCCGGGACCCAUGGGGAUUCCAGGAAAGAGCGGCCCUGCUGGGCGCCGUGGGUUUAGAGGCAGUCGAGGCAUGCCAGGCUCCACGGGUGCUGCCGGUUUGAAAGGUGAAGAAGGACCUCCUGGUGCGGCAGGAGCGAUUGGUGCUACAGGCGAGAGAGGACCUUCUGGUCCUGCCGGUGGGAUUGGUCUUCCUGGCCGUGCUGGAGGAGUCGGGUCUGCUGGACCAGUGGGCGAGAAAGGAGAACCAGGAGAAAAAGGACCUACAGGUCCUGCUGGACAGGAUGGAGAACAGGGGCCUGUCGGUCUACCAGGAACUGCUGGAUCACCAGGUCCACCUGGAGACGAUGGUGAUAAGGGAGAGACUGGAGGUCCGGGACAGAAAGGAAGCAAAGGAGACAAAGGAGACCCGGGACCUCCAGGACCAACAGGAAGUGUAGGGCCAAUUGGACCCCCUGGACUGCCAGGUGUAGAUGGGGAGCCAGGGCCCCGGGGCCAACAGGGGAUGUACGGACAGAAAGGUGAUGAAGGACCUCGAGGACUCGUAGGUGCCACUGGACCACCAGGCCUGCAGGGAAUGCCUGGACCCCCGGGGGAGAAGGGAGAGAGCGGCCAUGUUGGACCACUGGGCCCUCCAGGACAACACGGUCCCAGAGGUCCUGUGGGAUCCACUGGCGCAGAGGGUGCUCAGGGGAUGCCUGGUGGAGUCGGCCAGCCUGGUUUAGUAGGAGAAAAGGGUGAAGACGGAGAGGCUGGGAAUCCAGGAAACGUGGGUGAAACUGGUCCCCCUGGUGAGAAAGGAGAUGUGGGUGAGAAAGGGGAUACGGGCCCCCCCGGUGCCGCUGGACCCCCAGGAGUCCGAGGCCCACCCGGAGAGGACGGACCCAAAGGAAACCCAGGCCCUAUUGGAUUUCCCGGAGACCCAGGACCUCCUGGAGAGGCAGGUCCGAAUGGUAUUGAUGGUGGACCAGGAGCAAAGGGAGAUAAUGGAGAGCCUGGGAAAGCUGGACCACCAGGGGCUUCUGGAGAACCGGGACCUCCUGGACCACCAGGGCGGAGGGGUCAUAUAGGUGCUGCGGGGAAUGAAGGAAAGCAGGGGAAGAGUGGAGCAAAGGGCUCACCUGGUUCUGAGGGUCCACCUGGAAAAACAGGACCUUUAGGACCCCAGGGACAACCUGGAAGGCCUGGUCCAGAAGGGCUACGUGGGAUCCCGGGCCCUGCAGGAGAACAGGGUUUAAAUGGUCCCCCCGGACAGAUUGGACCACCCGGCCCUAUGGGACCUGCUGGACUGCCAGGACUGAAAGGAGAUCAAGGCAGCAAAGGAGAGAAGGGUCACGGAGGAUUGAUCGGACUCAUCGGGCCUCCAGGAGACAUGGGGGAGAAGGGUGACCGAGGCUUGCCUGGAAAUGAGGGAAUAAAUGGUCCUAAAGGAAACGGGGGUGUUGUUGGAUCUCCUGGUCCUACUGGGCCUCCUGGACCUCCUGGACUUUCUGGUGCCAUGGGUGAGAAAGGAUCCAAAGGAGAUGAGGGAGCAGUCGGCCCAGUAGGAGACACAGGACCUGCAGGCCCACCAGGACCACCUGGUCCACCGGCAACCAUGAUCGAUGCUCGGCCCAUCCGAGGGGGACGCAAGAAACGUAGGAAGAACUCAGACCGGAGCAGAGGAGGAGCCAGCUCAGAAGCUGCUGAAGAGGAGGAGCGAGAAACAGAGGCUCAGCUGAACAUGGAGGACUUCUUGCAGGCUGAUGCGCCUCUGGAAGACGCUGAGGGAAUGGAGGAGGUGUUCGCUUCUUUGAACUCCAUGAAGAUGGAGGUGGAGCUGAUGAGGAAGCCACUGGGAACUUUCGAGAGUCCGGCACGCACCUGCAAAGAGCUGAUGAUGUGCCACCCGCAUUAUAAAGACGGAGAAUAUUGGAUUGACCCAAAUCAGGGCUGCCAUAAAGAUUCCAUCAAGGUGUUCUGCAACUUCACGGCUGAUGGUGAAACCUGCCUGCACCCGGACAAACGAAUCGAAACGGUGAAACUCGCAGCCUGGAGCAAAGAGAAGCCGGGCAGCUGGUAUAGCCGGUACAGGCGGGGCAAACAGUUCUCCUAUAUAGACGCUGAUGGCAUCUCGGUCCCUGUGGUCCAGCUGACCUUCCUGAAGCUUCUGAGCGCCACAGCCAGACAGAGCUUCACCUACAUCUGCCAGAACUCAGCCGGCUGGUACGACGCCACCAGCCGCGGGCACCAGCACGCCCUACGUUUCCGCGCCAGCAACGACGAGGAGUUGACUCGCGACAAGACGCCCUUCAUAACGCCUCUGUACGACGGCUGCCAGACACGCAAAGGCCAGGACACGACGGUGCUGGAGAUCGACUCUCCGAGAUCAGAGCUGCUCCCCAUCAUCGACGUUUCUGCCUCAGACAUCGGGAAUAACAACCAGAAGUUUGGCUUCCAGAUCGGACCUGUGUGCUUUAACGGCUAACGGAUCGGGACAUGGGAUUCAGGACUUUAUCUGUACCACAACGCAAUAUUUAUUAUUAUUGUUAUUUUUUUUAAACGUAGCGUGCAUGCGCCGGUACCGAGGCAUGCAUUUUUGUCUUUUGUUGUGAACUUUUGAACACAAUUGCAAAGGUGCCACGAUCAACCCCCGAGGAACCAGACGAAGCGGAAGUUUCCACGUGCGUGGACAUUUUCUUUAAAAACAAAUCCCUUGUUUAUUCUCGUCUCUGCUCGCCGUGGUGUGUGAAUGAAUUAAUAAGCUCCACAUGAACCUGACACUGAGAGGCAGACACACCCGUCACGCGGUCCGUGUCACGGGCCGCUCCGUCCACGGUGUAGCAGCAGACUUUAUUGUCGGUGGCAUGGACGGCUUGCUUGUUUUGUUUUUAUGCGUAAUGUAAUUCUAAAUGAAUUCGCCACUUGAGGGAUUGGCUACAGCGUUCAGGAGUACAUACUGAAAAUAUUUCAUUAUUCCUUCGCCUCGACCGCGGCAGCGGUUAUACCUCAGAACAGUUCUGACAAGGAAACGCCGCCCGGAUCCGGUUAAUUGUUCUCUUAGAUGCUUUCUGUCACGUGUCAGCUUCGCAGCCCGGCCGAUCUUUAAUUAGUGUGUCAUAAUAAAUAAACAGUGUUGUAUGCCGCUUGUGCUUCGAGAAGGGUGGGGUGUGCGCAGCAGUUUAUUCAUGUAAACAGUAGUCUUCACGUCGUGUUGCUUUAUCAGGACAGGUCACAUGCUUGUCGUUUUAUCAGUCCAUGUUUUUACACAGUAGUGUGAUCUGCAUGGGUUCUAGAGUUCAAGUAAUAAUGGUGGGUUCACGGUGCAGUGUUGUUCUCUUAAACGGGGUUAAAAUCCCAUUACAUUAAUAUAGCUUUCAUUUUAGUCCCGGGGUUGUGUUACAGAAACGUCCGAACCUAACUAGAGAGGUGUUAUUGAGCCAUCCCGGUCACGGCACCAAGUUGGUAGAACUUCAGGAUCCAGGAGACUGAUGAUAAUCUUCAGACUCUGAUGUUUAUUGCCCGCUUCAAGAAUCUUCCGAUCAGAUAUUUACCAAUAAAUGCACAACUUUCUGAAAGGUUUCAGCUCGAAUCUACAGAUUGAACAGGCCCGGUAUAUGUAGUGAAAAGACAGGAGAAAGGAAACGGAGAAUGGCGUCUGGGAGCGCUGUCACCUCUGGCCAUAGUGUUUUCACUCACGGUGACAUAAUGUACCAAAAACACAAGACAAAAGACAAAUAAAUAAGACAUAUGUAGAAACAACCUAGGCAUAACGGGUCAUGCAUAAGUAAGGAAUGAUCCACGUCUAGGUGUGCGUUACACGCUUCUAAUGCACGACGUGGAGGCCCAGAUCCACCUGACGUGAAACGGAGUGCAUUAAAAUGGCGUAACGCACGUCUCGCCGUGGCUUAUCCCGCUCAUACCAUGGUCACGUGUCGGCAUUAACUUAAAACUGUCAUUCGUAUUUGUAGUGCGAAAUUUGACUGAAAAGCUAAAAAUAACGCUUCGUUUUCGUCAGUUAUUUUAUAUCCGGGUCGUCAGAUCUAGAAUUCUGCCCACUCGAAAUCAUACACAGAGAUAAAGUAGUGCGAUAAGAUCACAUUUAUCGGAAUGAAUUAUAAGAAAUAGUUAUUAGAGUAAGAGAGAGAGAGAGAGAGAGAUUGUGCACACGUGUGUGAUUUACCUGCGUCUGUGCCGCAUCUCUACUAAUAAUGAAGCUGCGAGUUGAACUACUGUGUGUUGUUACUAUGGUUACAGAUGUUUAUAGGCAGCGCAUUAAUUUAGUACGGUGAUUAAACUGACCGGAACUACCUGUAUUAUAUAUAUAUAUAUAUAUAUAUAUAUAUACGUUCUUAACGCACACUGUCUCGGCCAAUCAGACUCGAGUAUUCUGAAUAAAUAUAAUUCAUUCAGCAGUUUGUAAGUUCUUAAUGAAUCUAUGUAUUCGUUAGAAGAAAUGUGCAGAACCUAAGUGGCCUUUACCAUAAAAUAAUGAAGUCGAAGGUAAACAUGAACCAGCUUAACCGAUAAUCAUUUCAUAAGCGAAUCGUUAAAAGCAAAAACGAUUAAAAGCAAUUAUUUCUUCAUUAACAAAUAUUCCAGAGUAGACCUUUACGAGACCCAGAACCGUUACCUAUCCAAACAACCCUUGCUAAUAGGAAACUAGGAAAGCUAUAAAUAAGAAAAUCUUUCCAUGAACAAUUUCACUGCCAUGCUUUCAAGCCCAGAAACACGUAACGGAUAAAACUUCGGCAUCACGCCGUUAUAGGGACAUACGAAACGACGGGGUGGUGUGUGUUACUGCGACAACCCCAAAGUGCGUUAUUUUUCCGUAACGCACAUCUCAAAGCGUUUCAUUCCUCUUACACCACAGCGUGCUGCCAAUCGCGCCGUUCCGUUUACCGAAGAAGCAGCAAUAAACAGUUGUUUACUCACAGGCCUCACGUUCUGUCGCUCCUGAAGUUAACAGAACACAGCUUGUAUAGAAAAACGCAAAGCGUUGGCGGAAACCUGACUGUUACAAAGCGCUGACACUGGAGACUCCUUCCUUAAAUGUAAAGUAAACGUCUCUUUACAGAAGAUGUAGCGUAUGGACGUUCACAGGUUUCUGUUAAAGAGCAUUUUUUAAAUUAGCCGUAGAUCACACGAUAUGCAGCCGUACGGGUUCCUGAGAACGAGCUGUUACUAUAGAAACGAUCACGUAUGGAAACCAGCGCAUUAAUAUAGACCUGUGAUUCGCCUUGUAGCCGGAACUCCUUUCGGAGCUGAGAGUACACUUAAAUAAGUGUUAGCAUGCUAAAUAGCUUUAACAGAACUCAUCGCGUUCACGUAGCAAACAGAUCAAUCCGGGACGUUUCUGUAACACGACCCCUGUCCACGGUUCACGCUUGGCAUCUUAUUCACAUCCUUCACCAAAUGAUUAUGUAUAAAAAAGAAAAAAGUGCUUUAUUGUGGUGCUACAGAUUUUUGUUGUCGUGUUGUUAAUUUGUAUUAUUUCGCUGCGUCCUGAGAGGGCAGGACGGAGGGUAGAGGAAGAAGAGGAGCUCGACGGUGCUCAGUAAACACCUGAAGGCUUAUUCUGGUGCUAAUCCUGGUGCUAAUCCUUACUUAACAUUCAAUAUCUUAUCUAAUAUCUGUCCGGGGCAAGGCAGUGGGUGUGGAAGUGGAAGUGGAAACGUUUUAGUCUUUUACGAAGACAGCCUUGAAUUUAUUCUCCGCCUCUUCCUGUCCUCACUGUAUGUAUAGUAUCUGUGGUACUAAUUUUGUAUACUGUACAGUUAUUUACAGAUCUUUGAUUCAUAGCAGUGUGCUUCCUGGAUGAGGAAAACAAAAUAUAUGUGUAAAAAUGUAUUUGUAAAAACCAAUCAGUGAAAAAUAAACGAGCAGGACAGCAAA